GCCGCAGUAAACGAAAAGGUCGGGUCAGUGACGACAGGGCAGCAAACAGUUAAACCGUCUUUGAAAACGAGCACAGGAGGCGGAAGAGGUGUGUUUUCAGCAGGCCUUCAACGCCAGACGCUGAAGUUUCUGCUAAACGGCGAAAGUCAUCAGAGUACGGCUGACUAAGACGGAAUAAAACUAAAAUAAGGGCAGCGGAAGGUAAAAAACGAAGGAAAGAAAGCCCUGGAGAAAACUUGACUGCUGUUUUGUGUUAGUCCGCGGGGACGGAGGACGCCGCUCAGCUCUGGUGUUUUCAGGCAGAGGAAAACUUUCAGGAGACGGAAAAAGCCACGAUAAGGACACAAGAAUAAAAACACCCCGACCAAGGUGCUCAUCUUGCCUGCAGCAAGCCGAGGCGCCACUGGGAGGUUUUUUGUGUUUGAAGCAUCAGGAUGGGGAACAGCAGCAGUGACCGAUCCAGUGGAAGUCAUGGUGAGAGGUCAUACAGAGAGGGACAUCAUGGAGGGAAGGAGGCUCGUUCUAACAUCAUGAUGGACAGCGCAGAUGAUGCAGACCUUUUCCAGAGAGAAGAUCAAAAGUCUCCACAGGAAUUACAGGAGUUUUUGGCCUGGCAGCAGGACCUGGUCAGCGACGCUAAAAAUCUAGCACAGGCCAGACCGACUGUGUUCAGGUGGGCGGGUGCAGCCAAAGACGUCUUUGUGUCUGGCUCUUUUAACAACUGGUCUACCAAGAUCCCACUCAACAAAAGUCGGAAUAACUUCGUGGCCAUUGUGGACUUGCCUGAGGGAGAGCACCAAUACAAGUUUUGUGUGGAUGGUCAGUGGAUCUUGGAUCCGGCUGGGGCCGUGGUAACGUCUAAAACUGGAACAGUCAAUAAUGUCAUACAGGUGAAAAGAACAGACUUUGAAGUCUUUGAUGCCCUCAGGAUUGACUCUCAGGAGUCAGCUGACAUCUCAGACUUGUCCAGUUCUCCUCCUGGCCCCUACCUACAGGACGCAUAUGUAACCAAGCCAGAUGACAAGCUCAAACAUCCUCCUUUCUUACCUCCCCACCUGCUGCAAGUGCUGCUCAACAAGGACACUGGAAUUUCUUGCGACCCGACACUGCUUCCAGAGCCUAACCAUGUGAUGCUAAAUCAUCUGUAUGCCCUCUCCAUCAAGGAUGGGGUGAUGGUUCUCAGUGCAACACACCGAUACAAGAAAAAGUACGUGACCACUCUUCUGUACAAGCCGAUAUAAUCCACGGAGGUGCGCUCCCUCCUCCUCUUUUGAAAUCAAUCUGUUGUUGUACACAGCUGCUAACUGGACUGCUUUGCUGAAACUGGACCUAAAGUAUCUUCCUGAUAUCAGUUUAAAACAUUUGAUAAAGUUAUUGAUUUUGAACUGUUCUAUGAUCUCAGAAUUUGAAAAUGUUGAAAUGUUCAAUGUUUGCAAAUACGUGGUAUGUUAUGAGCAGGCCGGUGUUUUAAAUGACUUCAUUCCAACUUCACUUGACCUUGAUUAAUUAAUUAAUACAAGUGUGGUUUAUGGAGACCAAAAUGAUGAGGACGGGGGAGAUCUGUAAUUGUUGAACUCUGACGCCAAGCCUCAAUUUUGACCUUUGUAUUGAAGUGACCUGGAAUUGCCUGAAACUGAGACUUGAAAAAUGUUAGUUUUACUACCCAGGAGGCUAGCACAGCUGCAUCGGCUCUCCUUACACGAGGAAAUGGACACAAAGACACUAAGAGGUGGAAAUGUAACAUGUUAUGUAUUUCAUACGAUUCCUUUGUUGUUGUUGGUUUUUGUUUUUGUUUUUUGUUUUUUUCCAAAUACAAUGUUUUUCACAUGACACAUUAUAAAUCAGAAAUAGAACGAAGUUUUCAUUUCAAAAAAAAAAAAAAAAAAAAGUUGACUGCAAAAA